GCGGCGGCCAUCUUCGGUGCUGAGUCGGAAAAGCGCCGACAGGUUCGGGAUCGACGCUGCUCGUCUCUUCCCAUUCCCUCUCCACACCGGCCUCCCCGAUCCCACCCAGUUUUAGCAGACAAAGAGCGGGCCGGAUCUAAAAAGGAAGGAGCUGAAAGGAAACGCGGAAAGCCGAACGAAACCCGCCUUUCGGCAUGUCGGAGAAUCGCGAGCCGGAGACGCAGGCGGAGGAAACCGGCGAGGAGAAGCAGGACACGCAGGAGAAAGGGGCGAUGAGCCCAGAGAAGGCAGAGGAAAUCAAACUGAAAGCCAAGUAUCCCGUGUUGGGUCUGAGACCCGGGGGCUCGGAAUUCCUGAUGAAGAGGCUGCAGAAAGGGCAGAAGUACUUUGACUCCGGCGACUACAACAUGGCGAAAGCCAAGAUGAAGAACAAGCAGCCUCCGAACAGCGGCGCAGACAAGAACCUGGUGACGGGGGACCACAUUCCAACACCGGAGGACUUACCUCAGCGAAAGUCAUCGCUGCUCACCAGCAAGUUAGCGGGCUGACACCCGCUCAGACACCAUCUGCUCCCGGCUACGGUGGACAUUUUGCCUUCCCACGUAACGCUGGAGGGGGCGGGGAGAAAAUUAGGUGCAGCCUAAAUAUUGUGAUUUUUUUUAAAAAAGAAAACAAAUAUAUAUAUUAUAAAUAUAUAUAUCUCUCUAUAGCAGCAGAAAGGAAACACAAGGUGAAGCAAUCAGAUCUGAUUGGGCUUCAUUCCAUCACCCGUCACAUACACACACCACACACCCCUCACCCUCACACACACACACCCCUCACCCUCACACACACACACCCCUCACCCUCUCACACACACCCCCCACACACACACACCCCUCGCCCCCACACACACACACCCCUCACCCUCUCACACACACACCCCUCACCCCCACACACACACACCCCUCACCCUCUCACACACACACACACCCCUCACCCUCUCACACACACCCCUCACCCUCUCACACACACACACCCCUCACCCUCUCACACACACACACACCCCUCACCCUCUCACACACACACACCCCCCUCACCCCCACACACACACACCCCCCUCACCCCCACACACACACACCCCCCUCACCCCCACACACACCCCCCCUCACCCACACACCCCCCUCACCCCCACACACACACCCCCCACACACACACACACACACCCUCACCCACACACACCACACACACCCCCCUCACCCACACACACCCCCCCUCACCCACACACACACCCCCCCUCACCCACACACACCCCUCUCACACACGCACACUCCCCUCUCUCACACACACAACCCCCACUCUAUCACUCGCACACCCCCCUCACUCGCACACCCCCCUCACUCGCACACCCCCCUCACUCGCGCACACACACACCCUCACCUCCACAUACAUCCCCCCUCACCCACACACACAUACACCCUCACCCACGCACACCACCCUCACCCACACUUCCCCCCUCCAUACACACACCCGCCUCCCCUCCACACAUCCGCCUUCCCCCCCACACCCCCUUCCCCCCCCACACACUCUCACCCACAUACAUACACACACACACAUCCUCACCCACAAUCAUACCCCCUCAAGUACACCCCCCCCACACACCCACCCCACACACACACACACACACACACACUCCCCACCCACCCCCAGUGCUCUCUGUGUAGUUCCCAGCAGCUGCCAAAGAGAGAGGCAGCCCACGAGGGAGGGUUGGUGAGGGAGUGUGUCCCUGCUGUUGUACCUAAGUGUAGCAUCCCCUCCUCACCCACUCUCCCCCGCGCGCGCGCACACACGCACACACACACACACACACACACACACCCUCCCCCUCCACCCCACCUCCCCUGAGACUGGCUGCGAAAUUCACAGAGGCUAAAAGAAAGAAGCAGUGAGGGGUUUAUCCAGACUGUAGUGUGUUUGCCCACCCCCACCCCCCCUCCCCCACACCUUCCGGUGCGCCUGCGUUUUAUUUUCCGACUCCAAUCUGUCGUCCGGUCUGUUCACAAACAUGGUUAGUCUUCUCCAGCUGCUGCUCAUGUACCUCUGUGAUCGCCAGCGUCAGCCUCCUGCCUCUCGCCUACAGCCGGGAGUGGGGCGUGAGGAGCUGGCUGAAGCAUAACUGAGGCUGGACUGCACACGCACUGCACACACUGUACACACUACACACACGCGCACACACUGCAUACCUCCCCCAAUCUGUGCUGUAUGGAAACUUUAUGGGACGGGUGGGGCAUGGCAGAUGAAGUCCCCCCUAGUGGCCGUCACCCGCGAUUGCAGCGUGACUGUUGACACUGGACACCGCAGUCGGCCGAGACAAUCUGGUUCAGCCUUUCCUGGGGCAGGGUGGGGUGGGGGUGUACAUUGACCGGGGACAGCUCAGCCAGUUGAGAGUCGAGACGUUUUUUUAACACUUGUCCUUGUUUAGCGAGCUGCAGUUGUCUGAAUGUGUAAAGCCCCUGCGUGUGGGGUCCAGUCUGGUUUUAUCGUUUCAUGUCCUGCCAAACCCCCCCACUCUCCCCCAGAGUGCUGCCUUGGUUGACAUUGAUAUCCCCGCCCCCAGCCCCCGUGGUGCCUUGUCCUCGGGGGUGGUUCCUGAGGUUGCAGCCCCCUCGCCCCGGUCACCAGGAAGCUGCUGGUUUUGAUCAGGGUGGUGCACCGGGCCCUGGAAUUGCUCCUCCCCAGCCUGCUGUCCGUGCCCCUGGAGGAGGGUGGGCGCCCAUUGGCUGGUCGUAAAUCCCCAUGCGAAGAUGUUUACUCUCCCAUCAUCACGCAACCCCCACCCCACCCCCCCAAUAAAAAAGGUACUGGCUGCUCACCUCUGAAACUUUUAUUUUCAAAACGGGAAAGGAAACUCUCAAAUAUUGGGGUGGUGGUUGGUUCUGAAGGGACGUCUUGUGGAAAACCAGAGAGGUUUGGCGCGAGGUGACAUCAGAUUGUGGGGGGGGGUGGGAGCUGUCGUCCCAUUUCCCACUUCCGCCACGUCCCCAGCUGCUGGGUGGGGGGAGAUGAAAGCUUGCUGUCCCCUACUGGACGCUUCUCCCAACUGCAGUGUGACUGUUGACAUAGUAAAGGAGAAUGGGAUUUCGCCUCGAUCCGUGCCCUCUCCCCCUCUCUGUUGUCGGCCGCGGAUUCCCUCCCUCCCUGAAUACAGCAUCUCCCUUUGUCUCUCCCUUGGGACGUGGCUCAGUUACCCCCUUGCAACGUGUGCCUGUAGAGGGAGCUUUACUCUGUAUCUAACCCCGUGCUGUCCCUGUCCCUGUCCCUGGGAGUGUUUGAUGCGUGGCGAGUGGGGGAACAGGGGAAGAAGCCUUACCUGCUGGUGCUGCCUGGGAGCCCGGAGCCUGGGUUUGUUUUGGGCCUCUGUAGGAAGGCUGUGUUCCCACCGAGGUGUUGUCUCGAUCUGCUGAAUCUGGGGCCUGGCCCUUUUCCACAGCAGAGUUUGCUCCCGUCAGCUUUGUGUAGCUUCCCUGCUGCUUCAACCCACCACGCCCAAUGUCUACAUGCACGAGUGACCCCUCCCAGCGAAGGCUGCAGGACCUUCAUGAAGAGCAGCUGCUGCCUGGCGAGGAACACCUCCUACCGUCCAGCUCUUUCCCUCCGUUCCCCCCCUCGCUACGUCGUGUCGUGUCGCGUCCUGUUCUGCUUCCCCCUGAACCGCUGACCUGCCUCAAUGCCCAGAGACUGUGCUACUGAGGCGUGACGCUAACAUGGGGCUCGGUGUUCCUUUUGUUGCUCGUGACGUUCUCCCAGCCCCUGGCAGCUUGGUCUCUGCCCCUUCCCCUGUACGGGAACAGGCUGGCGGUGGAGGGGGGAUUCUCGGCAAGGAGUCUGAGCAGUGCUGUGACUGUACCGUGGGAGGGGGGCAAGGGGGUGAAAUGUUUACCCUUGAAGCCGCUCUCAGCCGGAGAUGGUAAUCCCUUUCCCGGAACGGCACGUGGAAGACCCCGCUCCCUGCCGUUCGGAUCGGACGGAGGAGGACAGGGAAAGCUGUUGUUCGGCCGGGGAGAAGGACAGUUCGUGCUUUCCCUUCCCUGGCCUGUCCCGCUCCAAAUGAUCCCCAAAACGAGGGCGUCGCCACCGCCGGGGAAGGUUGACCGCAAAGCGGGGAGCGGCUCCAGCAGUGGGGUCUGAUUUUUAUUUUCCCCUUCUGCCACCAAACCCCUUCCCUCGGCCCAGUGACACUUCGCCUCCUGUGUGGGGAAUUUGGGAUAAAUCCGAAGGGUACGGGCGGCAGAAGGUCGCAGGGCGUGGGGGAACCAUUUCAUCCUCCUGUGCCCACCACCACUGGCAUGGUGCUAACAGAGCCUCGUGCUGAGUGAGAAAUGGGGUGUCUGAAGGUGGCACGCACAGGCUGUGGGGCAGAGAGGGCUAAGGGCAAGUGAUAAAGGAAGUACUCCUCAGAAGCCCCACUCUGGGACGUGUGAGGGGGGAGGGUCAGAAUAAGUGAGAUAAUAAAUUGUGACCCACCACCCCACAGUGUAAAAUGAGGGCAGAACUCUGGAAUUACAUGAUCAUUGACAAUAACAUAAAUUGACUUUUGUUUCAUUGUGUAGGUAGCAACAGCGAGUAAAUUUUUUUUGGUCAGUAUUUGAAAUAAAUUUUACAUCCUUUUACUGGA